GCUGCUGCAGGAGCUUCUCCGGUUUCCCCGCCGAGCCGUGCCUUGCUGCCUCCUUCCUCCCUCCCUCCCUUCCCGGUGCCGAGGGCUUUUCGCUUCUUCGCUCUUAUUUUUUCUUCUCCCUUUCUUCCCUCCCUCUCUCGGUGCCGGCAGUGCGGAGGGGAUGAGGCGACCGAGGGUUCUCGCCGCUCCGGACCGCUGCCCGCAUCCCCACCCCGGCCGGGGGCUCUGCCCCAGCCCUGAGCCCCGAACCCCGAACCCCUGAACCCCCGAACUCCCGAACCCCCGAACCUCUGCAUCCCGCACCUCAGAACCCCAUUGGCCGUUUCUGGGGGAACAGAGACGGAAGUGCACUUUUUUCCCCCACUUCUUAAUUUUUCCCCUUUUUUUCCUCCCUUUUUGCAUCCCCUCCUCGGGGCUUCCCCCCAGCCAUGGGGCUGCUCCGGGAGGGCUCUCGCUGGGCAGGCAAGCAGCUGUAACCCUCGCCACGGUGCACGGAGGAACGGGGUGGGGGGGGUCCUCCAGUGGAGCAGCGCUCGGUCUUCUGGGGGUGGCCAUGGCCCCCCGGAGCCGCGGGCGGAUGGAGCGGAGCUACGUGGUGGGCAUCUGCUGCCUGGUGCUGCUAGAGCGGAGCUGGGGCGCCGAGCCCGGCACUGGGGACGGCGGUAACAGCAGCCGGGCACCGGCGGUGGAGGACACAGCCCCCGCGCCCACUGAGCCCACCCCAGGAGGGGACCGUUGCCGCGGGUAUUACGACGUGAUGGGGCAGUGGGACCCGCCAUUCAACUGCAACGCCGGCAUCUACCAGUACUGCUGUGGGACCUGCGGGUACCGCUUCUGCUGCCAGUUCAAGGCCAGGCGGCUGGAUCAGAGCGGCUGCUCCAACUACGACACCCCCAACUGGGUGAACACGGGGCAGCCGCCCGCCCGUGUGGAUGAGAGCCCCGAGGGCCCCACCCGUGACAAGACCAACAUGAUCGUCUACAUCAUCUGCGGCGUGGUGGCCAUCAUGGUGCUGGUGGGCAUCUUCACCAAGCUGGGCCUGGAGAAGGCACAAGGCCCCCAGACUGAGAUGACGGUCUCCAGGACGCUCACCGACCUGCUGAAGCAGCCAGGCCAUGGCCCCUCUGAACACAUCGAUGGCCUGAUGGGCAGCAUGCAGGUGCAGCUGGGCGAGGGGCUGCCCCGGGGACCCCCAAGGAACAGCACAGACAAGUUGCCCCUGAACAACGCGGUGGACAGCACUGGUGUCACCUCACUGGGGCGGCCUCACGGCCACAGCAAGCGCCCGCUGCUGGGCAGCAGCCUGAGCCCACCAGCCCCCAACUACACUGCGUACAGCACACUCACAGCUGGAGAGAGCAUUCCUGAGGACUUCUACAUGUGUUUUGGGGAGCCAGAGGUGCCCCCCCCCAGCACUCUGCCCUUCCCAACCACCGAGGGGCCAGAGGGCUGCCCCCCACCAGGGGUCACCAAGGCCAAGGGCCUCCCCAAAGCACCAGGGGGCUCUGCCUUCCCAGGGGGCUGGGAGGGAGGCCUCCCCCGGGGCCUACGCCGGCCUGGGCCCACGGCACCGCUGUACGGCCAGGCUCACCGGCACCUGGCCACCAACAGCAAGACUGAGGUCACCGUCUGACACCAGGACCAGCAAGGUGCCAUCACCAGGGGACAGGCAACGAGUUGUGGCUGUUCUCAGCUCACUCCAUGGAUGGGCAAUGGACUUAAGCAGCAGAUUGGCU